AUGCUCGACACGCUGCUCUCGUUCUUGCUCGUGGGUGCGCUCUGGGGCUGCACGAACCCGCUGCUCAAGCAAGAGAGCGGCGGCGCCGUUUAUACCCGUCAAAGCAACGCGCUCCGCGAGUACAUGUACGAGUUUUACUGCACACUUACCAACUGGAAGUUUAUCAUUCCCUUCGCACUCAACCAAAGCGGCUCGAUUGCCUUUGUGUACUUUCUUGGCUCGUCCGAUAUCUCGAUGGCCGUGCCCAUUUGCAACUCCUUUACGUUUGUCUUUACCGCGCUCACGAGCCGCCUCCUCGGCGAGACGCCCAAGAACCCGCUGUGUACGCGACGGCUCUUGCACUGGUGUAUGGACGCGGAGCUCAAGCGGCUCUUGGGCAAGCCACCCGCCUCGAGAGAGCUCAAGCGCGCGCUCGAACCCGAUCUCUACACGGAGCGUGUCGAUUUGAUUCCAGGGACGCAGUCGGUACCUGACUUUGUCGCGACGAUUGCACCACUGAGGCUGGACCGCGUGCUGGUGCCGUCAAUGACGAGCACGAGUCCCGCAGGCAAGCUCGUGCAUCUUUUGACGCUACCAUCCCCGGCCAUGGACUCGCCAACGAUCGAGCGCCUCCUCGGUGCGCUCUUGGCCCUUGUGGGAAUUCCGCCCUGCGGUCUCUACGACUGCAUCUCGCAACACAGCGGCACACUGGUGCUGUGUCCGCUAUGCUUGCGCAAACUGAGCUUGGUGAUCCCGCACUUUAACGUCUGGGCUCGAAGCCUCCACCAGUGGUGCCUCGAUCGCCUCUCCUUUAUCACCAACGGCGCCAAAGGCGGGGGCGACGCGACUCUCGACGACCCGCCCACCACCAACAAGCCACCGCGUACAUCAAAUCAUGCUGUGGCAUCGCGUGUGGACCCGACCAAGUUGCGACUCCUUCGACAAAAGCUCCAGCAGCGCCGACGCCGAUAA